CAGACCCCGCUUCCCUUGUGAUUGUUUCUUAUUUCAUACGUACGUACUACCUUGUCUUGCCUUUUGCGGAUCAAAUUAUUAGGAUCCAUCACGCGCUCCGCUGAACCUUGUUGCUCUUUUACGUAUUGCUUGGCCGUUCAUUCUUUCUGCUUCACACCACGAGCCUGAUGCUUAGAGGGAACUGAUUCCAUAGGCAGGCAGCGCACAAGGCUAUGCCUGCAGUAAGAUUUCGCAAACGGAGUUCCUGACUCUGCUGCCGGUACCUGGCUAACCGGGUCACGGCAGCCAUGGAGUUAUUUGAGUUUGUAACAAUCUCGUCGCGCGGCUUCGCCACUAUAUUACUCCGCAGCUGCGCAUCGUCAAUUUGGUAUUAUGCAGCACAUAUCUGCGCCAUAUUGGGACUGUUAUUCUUCCGAACUCUGUUACCGUCUAUGAACUGUGGUAAAAGUCAAGUUUGUCCCUGCUGUAACCACGACGCAAGCAGCCCCUCCCCUGCUCCUCCUAUCAUCUUCCCCAAGGCGAGCUCCACCAGCUGGAUCUCCAGGGAGCCCCUGCGACCUUGGCCAUGGCCGACCUCCACUUCUCCCUUGGCAGGCGCUGCCCUCCUCUGGUCCGAGCUCGAGCAGGUGAGCUCGCCCCAUGGCCUCGGCUCCUAGCCUCCAGGCUCGGCUACGAGGACACCACGCUCGCCCUCACCCUCCGCCUCCCGGGCUCCGACUCCGGCCGUUCCUCCUCGCUCGCCGCGCCCUCCGCUGCGCCGUCACCCAAGGCGCGGGUGGUGGGGUGGCCGCCGGUGAGGUCGUACCGCAAGAACGCGCUCGCCGACUCCAGCAAGGCCAACCGCGCAGCCAAUUUCGUGAAGGUGGUCGUCUCCCGCCGCUCCUCGGCCUCUGCUCCUCCCGCGCCCGGUUCCCAUCGCCGCUCUCUUCCCCAGCGCGUCUUCUUCCCCAGCCGCGCCGUGCCGAGCUGCUUCUUGCGCACGCGCCGUGCCGAGCUCGCCCCCGACCUCUGCUCUUCCCUGGCGCGUCGCGUUCUUCCCUGCACUUGCCCAUGGCGGCCGAGCUCCCAGCCUGCGCGCCCUCCGGUUCUCUGUGUCGCGCGCUGCUCCAGCUCCCACGGCGCGCAGCCUCCCUCUCGGCUCACCGGAUCUCCCAGCGCCGCGCCCAGCUUCUUUCUCCCUCAGCUCCCGCGGUUCUCUCUCCAUCUCCCUCCGUUCUCUGUUGCGUGCCCAGCAGAACUCCCCUGCGCGCCCGGAUUCUCUCCUUCCCUACUCGAAUUUGGUCAGGCCCGUGCAGCUCCCUGGCGCCCUGCUUCCUCUGUUCUCUCCCUGGACGCGCACAGCGUUCCGUCGAACUCCUGCGCCGUGCCCUGCUCAGGUUCCAUGGCCGCACCAAAUUCCCUGCGCGCGCUGGCCUACAACUCGACUGCACACCUCCCUACUUGUCAUGGCCACCGUGCCCUGCUCCCUGAUUUCUGCUCGCCGCGCGCGCUCAUCUCUCUGUUCGCCUCUGCGCACAACUCUCCGAGCUCCAUGGCCGGUUCCCUGCUCGCCGGGGAUGCUCCUGCUCCAGCUCAACCUCGCCUUGUGCGCUCUGUUUUCUUGGUCUCACGCGCGGCAAGGUAGUACUCCGGUCAAGGGUAGAUUAGUACGAAGGGGUACAUAACCUGCAUCAAAAGCAAUAAAACAGACGUUAAUGGAGCGCGGGAGAUUAACUGUCCCAAUCUGGCGUGACUUUGAACUCCAUAAUACCAAACUGGCGAAGUACAGCUGCGGAGUAAUAAACUGGUGAAGCCGCGCGACGAAAAUGUUACAAACUCAAAUAACUCGCAGCCAUGAACAAUGUGAGAGGGCGAAAGGCAGCGGAAGAACCCAGCGGAGGGAGGCACGAAGGGGGCAGGGCAGCGUUUCCCCGGCCGGAGCCGGGAGGCGGCGGAGGUGUUAGAAAUACUAGACGAGAGGAGGGCCUGAGCUGGUGAGGAGGACUGGAGGAGGAGGAGGAGAGGCGCAGGAUGUGCCGGCGACGACGCGCCCGUCUCUCCUUGAGAUUUGGUUAUCUUCUGCUAUGUUUGGCUACGACUCCAAUACACGUAGUUUGAGAAGAAUUUAGAUGUAAAUUAAACUAAUUUACAUCUCAAUCCAUCUCAACUCAUGUGUAUUAGGGCAUGUAACACCAAAACGGUUCUCCAAGCACAGGAGACAACUAAGAGACUCUAUUGUACAAUGGAGUGUCUAUAAACGUAGUCUAUUAAUAAAUACAGAAUUAAAUGUAUUUGUAUAGCAUCAGAUCGAUAGAACAGACGACAAAUUCGUACAGUGGGAAGUGAGGCGUCUGUUGCUACUUGAUUUACGAGCCAGAGACGUCUCUUCACGGAGAGACGGCUCUAAGAUUUUUUUGCAAAUAACCCCCUUAAACACCUUAAGAGACUCCACAUUAAACACCACUGUACAUGCCCUUAGAAUAAAUGCUAGAUCAUUCAAACAAACCCUUCCUCGUAAAUCAAUUUCUAUAAUCUGACUUCUCAACACAUAUGUAUUGAGAUAAAUACUAGAGCAUCGUAAAUCAAUUUCUAUAAUCCGGUGCAAAUCAAAUUAUCUUAAGUUUAGCUGACUUUAUAUAAAAACAAUAUCCCUUAUAUCCGAUGGUAUAUCAAACAAUACUAAUUUGAUAUUAUAAUUCUUGAUGUUUUUUUUCUAAAAAAAUAACUAAAUUCUAAAACUUUUAUUCCUAUGCCAUGUGGAUUCGAUAUGUUUGGAAAAAUUAUGAAAUAUUUUGAUUUGUUUCAGAUUUAAACCCACUCAAUUUCACCUAAUCCACAUGAAUUUAGAGCAAAACAAAUAAGCCCCUAUAAGGUGAGUGAGCAUUGUAAUAAUUAAACCUCGUAAAUUUUUUACAAACAAUUAUUCAAUAGCCCCUAUGUGUUGUAUUAUAAGAAAAAGGGUGAAUUCACAUUUGGAAGUAUCUGUCCCAAAUUAAAAUUGUUUUGGAGGUAUUAGUGGAUGUGGAUUCAUAUAUCAUAUAAUAUUUGAUUUAUGUAUUUUAUAUAUGUGUCUAGAUUUAUCAUCAUCUAUUUAAAUAUAGACAUAAAAACUAAGAGCUAAAACGAGUACUAUUUUGUAACAGGUGAGUACCAAUAGUCAAAGUAUAGUUUAAAAACCAUGCCAAGUCGAACACCACCUCCAUAAACAAAAUGGAAGGGAUACUUCCUUUAGCAAUUAAUUUUUUUUUGUUAAUAUAUAUAGUCCACACUUGUUUAAAGCCUUGUCAAACGUUCGUCAUAGAAACAACUUUGAGAAAGAAGCCCGGAGGAGUUGGAGUUGUUAAUUUUGAGUCCAUGGGUUUGUUUGGAAGCAAGGAGAUUGGAGGAGAAUUGCAGGGAUUAAAAUCUUCUCGAUAUUCAAAUUAAAUAGCGAGUGGAUUUUAGCCCUUACAGGGCUAGUUUGGUGAAUAGCAAGGGAUUUCUUAUCCAUGGAUCCUCUCUAAUUCUCUUGUUACCAAAUUGGCUCUCGGUCUCCUUUAAUCCUCUCGCUCCCAAACAAGCACUAAUGGUUCCUAGAAGCAUCUACAAUACAACCAUUUUAGAAUACACAUGGAAGUCGUUUGAGACUUACAGGAAAAGCAUAAAUAUGGCCAUAGGAGGGGCAAGGGAAUUAAAUCCAUGUUAUUUAGAUUUGUUUAUGUAUUCUAAGUCUGUUCUAAAAAAAUAUGAAAUCUCAACGUAAAAGGUAUAGUAGGUGAAUAGAUUCUUAAAAAUCUACAUAGUCCUCUAGUUCAACCCAUAAUCUUUUGUCCCCUAAUAUUUUUCACAUUCUUAGCAUCCAAAUUUUCCAAAAUAUUAUCCACAUGGCAAUUUAUAGGAUGAAUCGUUGUCUUUUCUAUUUGGAGGCCUCUCAUUUCACUCCCACACGAUGGCACCUUCCAAGGACGACUAGGGCUACCACUGUGUCCCUGCGCCACACUCCGGCUCAACCAUCUAUAAUCGCCGCACCUCUUGCCUAUCUCCCCUUCAAUGCUGCUUCAUCGUCCAACAUCCAUGUUCUUCUUUUCCAUCUAACGGUACCCUCCUUAGCACAUCCCGCCUCACACUUCAAUGUUCGGUGGAGUGGGUAUGACUACAACCACGACGCUUGCGCCUAGUCGGGCGUAGGAUCUCCAUGGCAGGACGUACCCCCUGCCGGUGAUGACAUGUUGUUGAAUCGGUUCGUCUCAAUGGGCAGAGCGGCAUCCCUCCUGCUAGGUUGUCACAUCAUCAUAAGAAUCUCUUAUAGAAUAUAUAGUUGACAAGUGUUUCAACUAAACAACUUUUAGCUUUUCUACAACCAUCAACUCACAUCGACUUUCCCGUAGUUUACAACUAAAAUCAGAUUUUCAAGAAUCUAUUACUGAACCAAACAGGCACUUAAUUUAAUUCAUAAAAAUAUGUGGAUACUACCUAUCCAGUAAAGAGUGAUAUUUUAUCCUAUGACAAACUAUCUUAUAUUUAACCAGUUUUCAUAGAAUAAUUAUUAAUAUUUAUGAUACAAAAUAUGUUUACUAUAAAAAUAGAUUUUAUGAUAAAUGUAAUGGUAUUUAUUUAAUUUGGUAUCAUUAAUCUUAGUAUUUUCAAUAUAAUCUUAGUCAAACUUAAGAUUGUUUGAAUUAUGACAUUACCAUAGUGACACUCUUUGCAGAACUAGGAUAAUAUGUUACAAACAAAUUACAAAAAAUAUGAAAAUAGAAGUUUUGUAUCUAGGGAUGCAAAUGGACACUUGAUAUGAAUUGGUCUUUUCUAGGCAUUCAAGUUUAUGUCAUUUCUUCUCCUAGGCAAUUAUAUCAUAUGAUAUAUCAUUAGCUUAUUUUAGCGAGAUCGUAGAAAAUUGAACUCUAUGAUAUAUAUGUCAUAUCUUAAUAGUAUAUGUCAUGAGCUCCAUAUAUCGCCAGUUGAACACAUACAUAUCUCAGCGGAAUAUUUUAGAGAGUGCUUGACUGAUAUAACAUGACUUCAAUUUUACAACAUCUAGUGAAAAGGUCUGGCUUUGAAAAUGGUAAGAGCAAAGGUUUAUAGGACUUGCAUAACUAGUAGAAAAAACAGGCUGUAGUCUCGGUUUUUCAGUCAGGACUACAAAACCAAGAUUAGACCUUUAGUCUUGGUCUAGAGAAUCUAGACUAAAGGCUCUGAGGCUAAAAAAUGUUCAUGCCCAUGUGGCUCGUGAGACUUGGACCCAAGACCAAUUACUAAAUAUAGGGAAAUUAGAAAAAUUAAUUAAACUCUACGAUAUCUAUAUCCUAUCUUAAUAGUAUAAUUGAGGAGCUCCAUAUAUCGAGGUUGAAUACACACACAUCUUUGUGGAAUACUAGAGUGCUUGAAUAAUCUAACAUGACUUCAAUUAUAACAUCUAUAGAAAAUGGUUGGUCUAGAAAAUGGUAAGAGCAAAGGUUGAUCGGGCUUACGUUACUAGCUAGUAUGAAAAUGUGGUUAAUCCUUUAGUUCUGCUCGGGAGAAAAACCGGAAAUAAAAGGUCUUCCAAGGCUAAAAAAAAUCCCUCGGCACCCCUAUGACUCGAGUGCCCCAUACCUUAUGCAUUGCCUCACUCGUAGCUUUGCACCCACCUACACAACUCAUGCAUCAUUGGAUGGAUGCUUUCCUUUUAAAAACUGAGGUCUUUAGAUGAAAUGUUUUCAUUGUAAACUAACCCAUUGAAGAACCUUUAUUUAGUCCUAGUUGGUGUUGCCGACCAGGACUAAACGGUUAAGGCUCUUUAAUUUAGUUCGGGUUGGUAACAUCAAUCGGAACUAAUAUAAGCCUUUAGUUUGUAUUACAAGUGAAACUAAAGGUCCUCCAAUACCUAAGUACUAACUACCUCUGUUUUUUAGUAUUUGUCGUCCCUGAUUCAUUUUUGAACUAAAACACGACAAAUAAAAAAGACCGGAGGUAAUAACACAUUAGUCGUGGGUCCAAGUGUGUUGAAUCCAAGGUCUAUUCUCUACUUAUGCAUUAAAUUUAAAACAACCAGCUUAAUUAAUUUACAUAUCCCAUUAUUAACCGACGUUAAAUAAUGGCUGCUUAUUUAUUCCAUUACUCAUGCAUCACUUUCACAGACGUGGGUGAUUUGCAAAUUCCAUGCAUAUGCGAAUGAAUAGGAAGGAUCAAGCCACCAUUCAUGGAAGUUGAUCCCGUGAAUGGAAUGUUUAAAGGGUCAUAAUAGAUAGGUCUAAUAUGAUUUAAAAAUUUCACAAAAGCCGCCACACAUGUAAGUUUAGAAAAAUAUGUGGAAGGGUUGAUCUUAUAUUAUACCAACUGUUGAAUUUGAAAUC